AUGAUAACAAUAUGCACUUUCCUAUUACUAUUGCUUCAGUUGACUACGAUUUGUCAUGGGCUGUCUUCGUCUUCUCCUCCGCCUUCAAGGAACAACAACAACAAUAAAAACAACAACAACAACAAUCAGAACAACAACAACAGCGGAAUGCCAACGACUGAAAAUCUGGCCGCGGCCGUCUUGGUGCCCGGGUAUCUCACGGGAGCCAACGAACUAAAAAGCUUGCAAUCCAACUUGGAAAAACAAGGACUGUUGACGGUCACGGUACCAAUGGCCAGCUGGCACUGGGUUUCCGUGGUGGGAGGACGAUCGGUACGACCCAUUUUGGAACGGAUUGAUUUUACCGUCCAGCAUUUGAUUGCGCAGUUGGAACGUAUAGAGGAACAGAAAGAGGAAAUGGACCAGCCGUUUCCGACCUUUCAAUAUUCACUACUAGACGCCUGGAGAGACUUUCAAGAAAAUCCAGGUGGAGUGGCAGAAGUCGGGGGAUCCUCCUUGCCAAACCUCUAUCCCAAGGAUGUUCGACCACGAGGUAAAUUCCCAAUGCCAGUAGUAGAUGACGAUUUGGUGGUGGCAAACAAGAGCCAGAAAAAGAUCGCCUUGAUUGGACAUAGUGCCGGUGGAUGGAUCAGUCGGAUAUACUUGAGUGAACAAGAAUAUGGGGGCAAGGUAUACCAUGGAUCCAGAUACGUCCAUUCGCUAGUAACCUUGGGGACUCCUCAUGCAUCGGCACCAGGUCCAGCCUUUGCCGGUAUAUCUUGGAUCAAUGAACAAGAAAAGCAAUUCGUACCAAAAAGUAAAGUUCGGACUCUGGCGGUGGCUGGAAAGGGUUUCUCGGGAGAUCAAUGGGGAGGCAUGACCAAAGGUGCCUACUCGUUCUGCUGUCCGGAUGGGUCCGAUGGUGCUACAUAUGAUGGAGAUGGCAUGACACCCAUAUUUUCAUCACUGGCCAUGCCAAACUCCGAAUCACUCAUAUUACCACAAGAAAAAGUCAAUCACUUUGGAUGGACAGAUGUGGGAUGGGUCGGAAAACAAGUCGCACCAGAACUUUAUCAAGAUAUGGAAACGAACCAAAGCCCAUGGUAUGGAAGUGAUGAAGUGGUUGCUGAAUGGCUACCUUGGAUUCUAGAAGGUGUCACGAACAAUUGA